UCUGAGUGGGAUGCUGUUUGGAGGGAUGAUAUGGACUUGUUAGGCCAAAUGGCCUCUUUCCACACUGUAGUGAUUCUGUGAUAUAAGGUGAACAUCAUUCUUUAAAAUAUGGUGCCCAAAACUGAAUGUAAUAUUCUAGGUGACAGUCAAGUAAAGUUUCUGCAAAACUGAAACAUCACUUUCUCACAGUGGCAUUCCAAUUCCUUUAAGAAAAGAGCCAACAUUAUAUUAGCCAUAUUGAUUACUUCUAUAUCUGUUCACAUUUGUGAUGAUUAUGGUACGUGGAUGCCCAAAUCCCUUUGCUACUCUAUUUGUUACUCCCUGAACAUUAAGAAAAUAUACCAAUGUGAUUGGUUGAAUAGAGAGUGAAUAUGUUUAAGUGCCAUAAACAGCAGCGAUGAUACAUAUUUUGGCAAAGUGGUAAAGCAUUUUUAAAAUGCUUUUGUUCAAACGAAUCUUGAAGCACGUGUCAGCUUCUUAUAAUUAAAUUUAGGGACUUCUUAAAUCACCUUCAGCAGCAUCCAUCUAGCCGCAUAACUAAUUGAUUAGCCUAAAUUUCAUACCAUAUCCUCUCUUGUAAAUAUACACAGAAUUCAAGAUCCUAAUACUGGUCUGCUUUGCUGCAUCUGGGUGUAAAAGACUUUGAUAGCACACUCGAGUGUUCUCUUCUGAUCUCCAAGAUUCAGAUGGCAAAUUAAAAGUAUACUAGUAUUUUCUUUGGACAAGAUGUUGCUGAGACUGAGGGAAUACUUAAGUUUACCAAUUAAAAUAAGUGUACUUCCCAGAAAUGGUGGGAGCUGUUGUGAUGUAGUGGUAGUGUUCCUACCUCUGAGCCAGGAGACCUGGGUUCAAGUCCCAUUUAGUCCACUGGUAUGUAAUAGCAUAUGUGAAUUGGUCAAUUUUUUUUAAAAAAACUAGAAAUAGCAGUUAUAUUCCAGCCUCAAACAACUCUUCAGUGAAGCAGGUUUUAAAGUGAUUAGUUCAAAGUUGUCCCUCAAUUCCAUGAUGAUGUCUACUCAAGAUUGCAGAUUUCUGUUGAUCUGUCUGAACAGUUCAUUUCAUAACAUCUUCAGGCACAUGGGGCAGGUCAUCACACAAGGCAGUGGGAUUGGGAGCACAGGUUUGCUUCCUUUCAUUUCUUACUCUGAUUCCAUUUUACCUCAUCAUUAAAGCAUUUGGACUCAAAGCAUGAUGCAGCUUGGUGGACAAUUGUCACCAUUUUUAAUGAUUGGUAGCAAAUUCCCACUAAUCAUUGUCAUUAAGGUUAUUGUUGCAUACUGCCAGAAGAUUUUCAAUGUUUCCUAGGCAUUGUCUGGAAUUUGUGAAUAGGGGAAACAAGCCCUGGCAAGGAAGAUGAUUUUUGGCCAUCUGUUGCAGCGUCUAGUCCAUUAUAGUUGAUUUCGCAAACGUUUUGUCUGAUUGUUUAUAAGAGUAUCUCGAAAGAGGGACAAUAGCAUUUGUUUAAUUGUCUUUCAAAUUAAUCCACAGAAUGUGGUGGAGGUAUUGCUGGUGCAAUUUCUUUGGCAUUAUGUCUUGGUAACUGCUAAUUUGACGCUAGAUUACUGACAAUUGCCUGCUUGUAUCUUUGUAACAUCAGUACAUUGUUGCUACGAUACAGGCACCUAGAAACAAUAAAUUACAUUAAUGCAGCAGCUCUGAUGCAGUAUAACAGGAAUAUUAUCAGGCAAGAAAUGACGUUGAGCUCCUUUAGGAUAUUGGGAAGAGGUGAAACUACUUAGUCAAAGAGCUAUUUAAGGGGCACGCUAACGGGAGAGCGCGGUGGAACCUUUUUGGAACGGUAUUCCAGGAUUUAGGACUUAAACAGCUGAGGCCGGAUAAGAACGCGAGAGAAAGGCCAACCUUUGAAUACCAGCUCAGAAAACUUAGGCAUGAAAAAUCAGUGUCACUGAUUAUGUACAAAACUUAAAUGUAUCCACAGCUUGUACGCAUGGGAUGAAUCCUGAGAUCACUUCUCUGUAAAUCAUUAGUCAAUACAAAAUAUAUGAUUCAAGCAUAAGACGUUGUACCAUAGGCAAAAAUAGACGAGAAAAACUACGCUUAGUUUUUUGACUGCUUGUCUCCUGGCCUUCCCGACUAUCAUUGCCAGUAUAACAGGCCAGGUUAACUACUGAACCAGCUAAAUAAACAAUCGGCUGUAGUGGCAGAAAGCUCUAUAUAUCCCUAUGGUUGUUUUGGUGUUUUCCGACACUAAAGUUGAUGGGCAACUGGAAAGAGCGAGCUGAAGAGCAGAAGUUGGAGGCGGGUCAGGAGAACCAUCGGGAAAUCUCUCGUUUAAAAGCGAAACAUUGCUGAAGGGAGGGAUCAGCUAAAAAUAGCGGCAUCGACAUCUGCUUCUGCCUCACAAACUGGAAACAGUCACAUUCUCUGCAAACUUUCCCCACAGUUUAACUUACCAUUGAAGUGUUACGCUUUAUUUCUUUCCUCUUUCUUUAAAAGUUUUGGUAGAAAUUUGUUGAGGUGACUAUGUCUGUAUCAGAAGAAACUGACCACAGACAGCCAGCAAAGACACAAUGGUAUGACCGUAAAAAUUAUGUGUUUGUUGAGUUCUGCGUAGAAGAUAGCAAGAAUGUUGAUAUUAAAAUUGAAAAAUUCAAACUAAUCUUCAGUUGCAAGUCAGCAGAUAACACAGAACUCUACAAUAACAUUGAACUGUACAGCAAAGUGGAUCCAAAUGAUUCGAGACACAAACGUUCAGACAGGUCAGUAACACUCUUCAUGAGGAAAAUUGAUGGUAAAAAAGCUUGGCCAAGGCUGACCAAAGACAAAACCAAGCAUGCCUGGUUAACAGUGGACUUUGAUAACUGGAGGGAUUGGCACGAUGAUGAUGAGCAGAUGAUUGGCUUGGAACACUAUGCAAAUAUGCUGAAAGAACUGAAGAAUACUGGGCCACCUCCUGCAAUGGAUGAUCUAGAUGAUGAGCCUCUGGACAGUGUUUAAGUUUGACUUGUCGUCAGAGAAGGACAACAGCAGCGCAAAACUGGAAGAAUCUACAAAGGAUUCCAGACCCUAGAAGAGCAAACAGUGUGAAUACCAUCUGUUUUUGUAUUGAACUUUUGAACCUAUUGUGAAAGUGGUAUUUCCCUGCUGAAGGUUGGCAGAUUGUGUACUUUCUUGUUAAAUUAUUGGAUGUUUUUGACAUUUAAGAGAAAACUGUAAAAUCCAGAUUGAUCAGUUCAUGUCUUCAAACUUUUCCCAUGACUGAGAUCUGGAUAGUACUACAUUAGUAUAAUAAAGAAACUUCUAGGAAAAGCUUACUCAGUCAAGGGUGUAAUUUUUGAGAAGAUAUUCCU